AUGAAUUCCAACCAAACCAUCCCCACCACAACGGGGCCGUUGUCCACGACGGACACGGCCAUGUUGGAGGUCCUCGUCCCCGGCUAUGGCUUCAUGUCACGCAUAUUGAUGUCAUACCUCAAUUUUGAUGUCAGCGCCUAUCUGCAACUCCUGGUUGGACUGGCCGUCUUCGGCGCAAGUGCUCGAUACACCUUAUUCAUCAUUUGGGCGCACUUCAAUGAGUUGUUCGUGUCAAGAGCCGAGAUUCGUCUAGACGAUGAGGCAUUCCAUUAUUUGAUGUUCUGGAUCUCACGACAGCCGCAUAUGAAAAACACAAAUCGAUUCGUCGCAGGCAUCAAAACCAACAGUUACUGGAGCGACAAUGACACAGACGACGAAGACCUCGCAAGAGACGAGGACGACGAGGAUGAUACUUUCAACGGCGAGAAAGAAGAUUCUUUCGAUUCGUACUGGGCCAAGGUCACCACCCGGGACAAGUACAAGAAGAUGCAAUUCACUCCCUCGGAAGGCUGCCAUUACUUCUGGUACAAGAGCCGUCCCCUCAUGCUCGAGCGUGUAAACCGGGACGGGGGCACGUGGUAUGUGAUGAAUAACGAGCGGAUCUUCCUAUCGUGUCUCGGUCGGAACCCGGAGAUUUUGAAAACCCUCCUAGCCGAGGCGCAGCAGGCGUAUGUCGAGCGCGACAAGAACCGCACGGUGAUCUACCGCGGCUCGCGGGUUAACGCUGGUCAAUCUUUCAACUGGUAUCGGUGUAUGGCCCGAUUACCCCGCCCUCUGUCUACCGUUAUUCUUGAUCAAGAACAGAAACACGACUUCCUUGACGAUAUUAAGGAAUACCUGCACCCUCGUACGCGGCGCUGGUACACCAACCGCGGAAUCCCGUAUCGACGUGGAUACCUUCUACACGGUCCUCCAGGAACUGGCAAGACGAGUCUGUGCUUUGCAGCGGCCGGACUCCUUGGAUUAAAGCUAUACGUGCUUGAUCUGAAUUCCACGGCCUUGAACGAGGAGAGUUUGUCAUCACUGUUCUCCGAACUACCACGCCGAUGCAUUGUCCUGCUUGAAGAUGUGGACUCAGCGGGUAUUACCAAGACUCGGGCCGCCCCAUCUACACCCACACCUGCUUCAGAUACCCCCGCAAAUGAUGCAACCCCCAAGGAGGGCACCGCUGAAGCGGAUAGUACAACCGCCAAAGAAGAAGAGAAGAAAGGCGGAAUCACCCUUUCAGCCCUUCUGAACGUGAUUGAUGGUGUUGCCGCCAGUGAGGGCCGCAUCCUCAUUAUGACUACCAACCACGUGGACAAGCUCGACCCGGCUCUCCUCCGUCCUGGUCGUGUGGACAUGAAGAUCGUCUUCGGCUACACAAGCGAAGCAGAUAUCAAGGAACUUUUCACCUCGAUCUAUGCGACGAUGGACAACGACAUGGCCCGUAACGGAGCCCCAAAAUUCCAUACCAACGGUACCAAUGGUUCGAUCAAGUUGCCGACAACCAUUGCUGGUAACACUGCCAAGACAAAUGGCGAGAUUGUCCAGAAACUUGUUGAGAGUAACGGGAAAGUGGAAAAGGGCAAGGAAGACCCGCAGAGUCUUGUAUCCCUCCGAUCCAACAUCUCUGAUUUGGCGUCCAGGUUUGCUGCUGUUAUUCCGAGUGGCGAGUUUACAGCUGCGGAGAUCCAGGGAUAUCUUCUAAAUCAUAAGGAGACGCCUGAGGUAGCGAUUCAGGGUGCAGCGGAAUGGGUGCAAGCGGCGCGUGAUAAGAAGCUUGCCAAAGAUGGAGAGGUAGCGGGAGAGGCAAAGGUAGAGACAGGGGACAAAGAUAAAGCUUAG